GGGAUCAUCCAAGGAUUCCGAGGCAUGCGGCAAGAAUACUCCAACCCGCUCUACAACCGACCCCUGAACAUCGAAGCCUUCCCCUUCGCCCGCUGCACCUCCCAAUCUCCUCUUCCUACCCGAUUCGUCAAAGACCACCGUUCUAGAGGAUAUAGAGAGGACACAUGCAAGCCUCGUAGCGCGCACGCUCGAAGCAACGUCGCAAGGGCUACAUCCUUCCGACACGCAACCAACCUCGACCCUUUUUCCCUCACGACCAGAUACUCCCGUACUUCAUAACUCGGCACCUGGUGGACGUACGAGUAGCGGUCAUCCGAGACAAACAUGUCUCCGAUUACCCGGUCGCACACAGAGCGUGUGGUGAACGAGGAAACCAGACCAGGCAGGAAGUUCCUCUCCGAUCGCCCAGGGAGGAAAGCCGUGUGAUACGGACCAGACAGGAGGAGUAUCACUCUCCAUCUCUCCGCGUGGGAGGACCAUACAACAGCAAAGAAGAAACGCACAUGUUUAGCGAAUGCAGUAGCAUAUCGAGCGAUAUCGACAUAAAAGGACGAUCAGAGGUUCUUUGAUAUCUUCUACUUGCCGCUCUCCUCUCUUCUAUGCUCUACGCCACGUUAACUCAGGAGAACAUGGUAUUCUACCCGAAAAUCCGGGAAGAAACCAGAAGUGGCCCUGCGAAACCUGCACAGAGAAGUUGCACUGUCCAUGCUGACUCUCUGGAGCUGCAUCAGUGUACAAGGCUGAGGCCGAUCCGAACUCCUCGUGCAACAUGCUUCAGUUCUCGUACGAAGACCUGUCCUAUGGACCUUGAUAUCGACAUGACUGUCACACGAAAGGACAGUCGGCGGUACAUCUGAUCAUUACGACAGUCCUAUGAACAGAGGGACGAUCUCUGCCCGGUAAUGACAUUCCUGCCGCCUAUGAAGCACUGGCGCUCAUUCUGUUUCACAACAGAAUCAGAUCGGGAUGUGUGGCUAUCGAUUACUGUCCUGGACCAGGCAGAGCCUGAAUUACACACCCUGAAUUUCUGCAGCCUAGGAACCAGCAUGCGUACGACGACAGAGAAUGCGACAGUGUUCCAUGUCUUCCAAGGGCAACAUCUUCCAAGGACAGACGCCCCCCCUGGCAACGCCUCUGUUCAAGGGAUUCAGCUACCUGUGUGUGAUAGAUGCUCUAUCCGAAUUGCAAGAGGUGAAGUUCAGCGUGCUGUGCUACGGAUCACACGCAAGCGCACCUUGACGAGUGCCUUGAAGUUAUCUCCAGGCGCCCGAAUCUGAGAAGCUCUCCUUUUGGGCGACCUCGAUAUUCACCCCAUCGAUGACCUUUUCCACCGAUCCUAGACCGCCUAUCCCGUUGCAUUCUCUAGAAGCUCUUGACAUGGGCGGGUUUCACUCUUCUACAUCCUCCUUCAGCUGGAUGUUCCCAAUCUAACCAGUCUUACCGUUGGAAAGCUGUGGCGCAAGCACUACAACGACGCACUCAAAGCACUUAUACGGGCCAUCUAUCCCAAUAUCAUCAAUCUGACACUCAUCUCCUGCGUCGUGCACCCAUAUCUCUCAAGCUUCCUACCACAG